GCCAGGGAAGCAGUCUGCUGUUCACUCCACAGCAGGCCAGCCUAAUCAGAAGGCAGAGCCAGGGUAGAGUUUGAUCCCUGUUCAGGCAUAUUCACCAGGGCUAUACCCUAUAUCCUUCCAUGGCCCUGACGAAGAAACUUAAGUGUUUCUGGACACUAGGCCUAUGUUUGGUAGCCAGCAAACUUUCCAAGACACUGGCCAAAGUUCCCAAACUGCCAACUAUCUAUGACCCGGGAUUUAUACAAGAAUGUAUCGACAGCCAUAAUGAAAUGCGAGACAAGGUGAAGCCCUCGGCAGCCAAUAUGCAUUACCUGGAUUGGGACAAGGCAUUAGCAAAAGUGGCCAAAUCGUGGACCAGGAAGUGCAAAUUUUCACAUAAUCCCUGUACUAAAAAACGAUAUGCCUGCACAAAGCGUUAUGACUUUCUUGGAGAAAAUAUGUAUCUGGGUGAAAGAAAGAGUACACCAAAGCAAAUUAUUUCUCGUUGGUAUAAUGAAAGUGAGCAUUAUAAUUUUGAGAAUAGGACUUGCUCCAAAACUUGUGGCCAUUAUACACAGGUCGUUUGGGCCAAUUCACUUAAAGUUGGAUGUGCAGUUGCAGAUUGUCCUCGUAUCUUGGGAAGAUCAGCUGCACUGUUUGUAUGUAAUUAUGCACCAGCCGGAAAUGUGAAUAACGCCAGUCCUUACAUAAAAGGAGAAUCUUGCUCCAUUUGUGAAACAAAUGUCUGCAUCAGUAAUCUCUGCCGUCACGUGACUGGGAGAGCAACUCAGCAGACAGCAUGCCAUCUUCUCACGCUAGGUUUUAUUUUUUAUAGACUACUUUAAUUGUUAUUUCUAUUCAGAAGAAAUUCCUAAAUGCUAUAAUAAAGACUAUUUUCUGAGUAA